UGCUAGGUGGACAGCAGUUCAUAGGGAGGUGAAACGGUGGCUGUGGUGAUAAAACUCCUUCCCCAUUCUCUGUUUCCCUCUCCCACCAACUGAGAAGCCAGACCGGCCGGAGGGAGGGCUCCCUUCUUGCGCUGCAAAACAUCGAGGUGGAGCACGCAGGCCUUGUUGCGCCGGUCUGAGCUUGGGCGGCCGCAGGUCACCUGUUCGACGGAAUGUCUGAGAGGCUUAACGAUGGAGAAAACAUGGGAACGGCGGUGGACGGCGGCGAGGACCGCAUCGGCGCCCUCCCAGGCGACCUGCUGAGGUAUUUGAUGUCGUUGCUGCCAUCGCGCGACGCGGUGAGGACCUGCGUCCUCGCCAAGCGCUGGCGCACGCUCUGGAAGUCCGUGCCCGCCCUGCGUGUCUAUGACCCUGAGAGCUAUGGCUGUGCUCAUGGUGCAAGCACGUUUGUGGACGAGCUGAUUCGCCUCCGCAGCCCAACGCCUCUCAAUGUAUGCGACUUCAGUUCUGAUGUUGACGACGAUGCAAACUACGACUUUCAUCGGGCCGAUGAGGCAUUCCGACGCAUGGAACCGUGGAUCCAGUAUGCUGUAUCGUGUCAGGUUCGAGUUCUUCGAGUACGUUUUCCCUGCCGGGCAACCAACAUGACUCUCAUCUCCCCACACCUGAAGAGGUUAGAGCUCUGCGACAUAGAGCUCGAGGGAUGCUCCCUCGAUUUUUCAAGCUGUGAGGCGCUAGAAGAGUUGGAGAUAAUUAAUUGUCACAUCUUCGCGAAUAUCUCGUCCCGGUCAUUAAAAAAUCUGAACAUCCGGGGCUUCAGUUUUGACUUUGAUACCCGCAUACACAUUAUUGCCCCAAAUCUCAUCACCUGCCGACUAGCUGCAGCUAGCGGUUUGACUCCUGUGCUUCAUACCAUGCCGUCACUAGUAACUGCAUCUAUCUCACUUAGGGGAGCGUGCAUGGACUGUUGUAACUGUGGUAAUCUAUCAUGUGGGGGAUGCGGUGGUCAAACCGCUAACAACAACUCCUCGCUGGUUCUCAAAAGUUUGUCAGGCGCUACAAAUUUGGAGGUGACAAUAUCUGGUCGUGCUAUGUCUAUUUUCAGAAAUAAUUUGAAAUGGGGCCCUAUGUUUAGCAAGCUAAAAACAUUGUUGCUCAGUGAAUGGUGUGUGGCUGAUGACUUUGCUGGCCUGGUUUACUUUCUUCAGCACUCACCAAUUCUAGAGAGCCUUACGCUACAGCUUGAUUUUGGAACUCACAAGAAACAUCUGAACAAAACAGAUAAAAGCUAUAACUUGAGGGAACAGUCAUUACUAUCGAAGCAUCUGAAGAUAGUCAAAAUCAUAUGUGUCACGAAGGAAGAUGCAAGGGUUUGCCAUGUUUUAGAGAUUCUCCAUACCCAUGGAGUACCUUCUGAGCAAAUUGAUAUUCAAUAGACUAUAUU